AUGAAAUAUAAUCAGUUUAACGUUUACUAAUAGUAGUUAAACCUUAUUUAAUCAAUCGAUGGAAGAAUGCGAUGCUGUGUUGAGAUUGGUUUACUAUAUACUUCCUUCAACACCAAUUCAUUUCUCUUGAGUUAUGUUUACAGACCACGUGCAGGAGCAGGAGAUGGAAAUUGAAGCCCUGGAAGCAAUAAUUAUUGAUGAAUUUCGAGAAAUUCACUCUGGUGAGAGUGGGCUAAGCACUUCUAAUAGGUGCUUCCAAAUAACAUUAUCUCCUCAGGAUGAUGACGCAUAUCAGUUAACCACCCUACUAGUUCAGGUGGCUUUGGUUUUCUCGUCUAGGGAAAAUUAUCCAGAUGUGCCUCCACUUCUGAAUGUAAAAAGGAUUGUGUGCAAUGCUUGUUGCAGACUUAUUAUCACAGUAGAGUCUCAUUGGAUAUGCUAUAUCAAGUCUAGGGUAUUUACAGAUUUACAUGUAAGUUUUCUAGUUUCCUUCAGAAGAUCUAUCAUAUAUUUCUGUUGUGAGAUGAAGAAACCAUGCUUUAGAGUUAAAUGUUUCAUGAGUUGCACCAAUAAUUUAUCAUCUGCUCCUCACUCUGAAGUUACUGCUCAUCUGGUACAUGUAUGUGAUAUAGACCUCUUAAUUUGUCCAGGUUUUGCAGAUUCUCACUUCAUUCUGUGCUUUACAGCAUUUGAAAAUCUUGGAAUGGCUAUGAUUUACACUUUGGUUACAUCAGGCAAGGAAUGGCUAUUUGAAAGAUAUGGCCAAGAUGCUGAUGUUGACAAUGCUGAAGAAGAAGAAGCAAUAAAAGAUGAGGUAAUUGUGCCACAUGGAGAACCUGUUAUCAUUAAUACAUUUUUGCAUGGAGAGAGGUUUGAGGCAGAGUUCGCACUAGACAGAGCCAAGUAAGUUUGAUGACUAAAUGCUUUUUGUACAUAUGUGGACAUGCAUACACAUAUUCACACAUCUUUUUUAGUGGUCAUGAACUUGUAUUUUGGCUGUGAUGUUUUCUGCCAUCAGUCAUUAAGUUGUAUCUUGGGUUUUUGUUCUGCUUAUUUGGGAUUCGUUGAAGCACUGAUUAGUAUUAAUCUAAUUAAUUAGAGGUUUAUUAAUGAAAGUGUCAGGAAAAACAAGCAUGUAUAUAUAUGUAUGCUAGGAACUCUGCUCAUCUGGACUUAAUCUUUUCAAAUCUCAUGCAGUAGAGUUUCAGCCGCAACUCUCAACUUCUCAAAUCUCUCGCCAUAAAAUCAAACAACAUUUUCAGGUUUUUGUCAUUUCAUUCCCACUUGCAAAAUAUAUCUUGCUAAAUAUAUACUUUUGACAGGUUUCAAGCUAAAAAAAUGAAAAUAUUUUCAGAUUCGUUGCUGAUUUUCUGUCUGCUCAGUCUUGUGGGCAACACUAGGGCUAGCAAUUCAUGCACCUGGUGGUAAGUUUAGAAUAUUAUCAACCAGGUCUGUUCACAUCACAUGCAACGUUAACCAGACUUUCCUAUUGUCAUGCUGCCACUGUCACCACCUCGGUUUCCAUUCUUUUCUCUUACCAACACACAUCUCCACCUUCUGUCAAGCCUUCUAUUUCUCUUGCUAAGCAAUCCAGGUCUCUUAUUGAAAUUCAGCCGUGUGAGUCACAUUUACAAGAUAUUGAAUCAUGCCUAAGAGCCGAAUGUUGGAUCAGCUUGAUGCAAGGCAAUAACUGAGAUCAGCCAAGAUUGCUUUAAUCGCUUAAUUCCACCGUUCAUUAGCCAAUUCUUUGGUCCAACAUCAAGGAACUUUGUUAUGUUCCUCCUCGUCAUGCAUUGUCAUUGUUGUCUUAGAAUUCUAUGCUAAGGUAACAUUUUCUCCUAGGCUUUCAUGGAAUCGUAGAGAGAAUUGCUGAUACCCCAACAACCUCCUCUUUCUGAAAGAGGAAAACACUAACAUUAAAAAUUUCUUGAAAUAGGAAUAGAGUGGAGCAUAAACGCUUGGCUCCAUUGUUUGGUUGUGUAGUUAUAGUACUUUUGCUCCUGCUUAGAUUAACAUUUCUAGUUUUAAAUUGUGUCCCAAUAGUUUUAUUCCUGUCAAGAAUAACAUUAAUAAUUAAACUAGAAUACUCAAUGGAGCCAUUAGAUCCCAUUUAUAGAGUGUAACAGUUUCAUGUAUGCUGAGACUAAGGGUGCUCAAUUUAUGAGUGGUGAAACAAUUUCAAUCAGCAAGAAAAAGAUAAAAAGAA